GUGGGAGUUUCAGUUAAUUUAUUGAUGUUGAACUUGAUUGAUAGUAUGCAAACAAACCCUUUUAAAGCGUGCUUUUGAUCUAUUUACACGCCGACUCAGAGUUAAUAUACUCAAGUUAAUGAUCCGCUGUAGCUCUGAAGUGGCAAUCCUUAAUCUUAAUCAUCAUUUCUAUUGACCAGAAAUGGAUUACUCCAAGCCUACUCGACCUGCUAUUAAGCCCACAGAAUAUGAUGCUACAAAAGCCGCCUACCAGAGAAACAUCAAAAUGGCUACCAUUGGAUAUGACAAGUUAAAACAAAAGCAAGCAGAACUUCUGGCAGUUCAAGCAAGGAAUAAAGCAAAGAGGGUGCAGGUAAAAGUAAAGGUAACAGCUCCAGUGGAUCCUGCCAAACUAGUAGAAAAGGAUACGAGUUUAAGACCGCGAAUGAACUGGAAUAAAGUGGCUAUGGCUAUUUUUUCCAAGAAAGAAGGCGACCAGUUAGCUCCUGUAGAAGAUCCGGGAAAAGGGAGGCGUGGUAGUGACGGUUCCCGGAGAGGUAGCCGAGAUAGCAUGGGUUCUCACGAUGCAGCGGAUAAGAAACUUGCCGAGAAGCGUGUAUCUCCAAAACUAUUCGAUCUUGUCACCAGAUUAUCACAAAGAAGGGAAUCUGUGGCACGCAUUUCAUCAAAGCCGAAGAAGAGAUCUGAAAAAGUAGAGCAAUCUUUACAGUACGGCCUGCAUCGCAGAGAGAUGGCAGCUUCAGUAGAUGACAUCCACACCGUCAAAGACUGUCGAUACUUGAGAUUGAGAUCUUCGGAACAAGGACUUGAAAAAAGUCCUUUUGAUAUCAAGGAGAUAUUCGACAAGAAGGAGUAAAGUUACGAGAUAUGGGAUAUCCCUAAGGAUGUUUGGAUAUCUAUAUGACGACGCCUCUUCUUAGCUUACUGAAAUUCGAUAACUGUAUUUAGUUUGAUUUAAAACCUUGUGCCCAGUGAGACCGAGGAUAAAAAAUAGGGUGAGAGAUAGGGUUGGGAAUAAGAUUAAGGUUAAGGUAAGAUUAAGAGUUUAGGUUUGGAGUUAAAGGGAGUGGGUUGUUAGAUCAGUUGGGGUCUGAAGUCACUGGGACACGAGAUUCUGAGGUAUAAAGACGACAUGAAUUGUUACGCUCGGGUUAAAAAAUAUAUUAUUAAAUAAAUUCAGCCACUGACCGACUGAACUCAAGUAUUACAUUUAAAUUUUUGUAAAUCUCUAGAACGUUAAUUGCUUAUUAAGUUUUCAAGAUAUUUUCCAUGUAUUUGUACCUUUAAGCAGCUUUAGCGAUGGGCCGAAAGUUCUUGUUGUUCAUUUUAUUUAUAAAUCUUACUGUAAGGUAAAUGGAGAAUUUUACUUUUAUGAUGCAGCAAAAAUAAAACAAAAUCUGUAAAUCAUGUGUAUUAAACAAUAAAUAUACAGGGUGCUUAAUUAAGUUCCAGGGACCUGUUCUAGUUACAACAUAGUAUAUAUGUAUAUUCAUUUGCAAUUUAUGUCCGUCUCCUUUCUGCUAUGUUGGACGUACCGUUAGGACUCUUUAUGAAAAAUGUAACCGAACAUAAAGCUAACUAUGAUAAAUUAUUGAAAGACCUUUCCUUAAAACUAAGUGAUGA